AUGGUCAGAUUACUCUUUAUGCCUAAGCUCAUGCAGUUUGCUGAUAGAAAAGUCAUCCGGCCUUGUGAUGAGCUGAUUGAGUUUACACAGGCACGGAGAGAGAAAAAUUCCUCUGCCCUACCAAAUGAAGAGGGAGACGUACCUGAAAGCUUUUCAUCCAUGCAAAUAACCCAUGGGGACUGGGUUUUGGCGGGACAUCCAGAGUCAGGAAGAAUAUUAGUUUUGCGCCAAGUAACUCGAAUACUCUUCUGUUACUUGUCUGUAGAAAUUGAUGGCAUUGGUGUCCGUGGGCCCUUGACUACUGCACAGACAGGAAAUAGCAAGAGUGAUGAAGAAGGAGAAGAGAAAAGAGAAGACACACAAAGGGGGAAACCAUGUGAAGACAAAGACAGAGACUGGAGUUGUGUUGCCAUAACCAAAGAACACCUGGAACCAGCAGAAACUGGAGGAGAAAAGGAUCGUCUUUUAGAGCCUUUAAAAAUAGCCAAUGCAAUACUGAAGAAGGAGAAUAAAGUUGGAGGACUCCGUUACACAAUUAGCCAGCUGCCUAAUGAAGAGAAAGUGGAGGGAACCCCUGUUGACUUCCUUGUCGACACCGGAGCACAACAUUCGGUCCUCCACACCCCACAAGGAAAAUUAGCCAGCAAGAAGUCCUGGGUACAAGGGGCAACUGGUAUGAGCCAGUAUUCAUGGACUACCCGAAGAACAGUAGAUUUGGGAACGGGCCGGGUAUCCCACUCCUUUAUGGUAAUACCAGAAUGCCCCUACCCGCUGUUAGGAUGGGACUUACUGACCAAGAUUGGAACUCAGAUAACUUUCAGACAAGGGGGGCCUCAGGUCACUGAUGGCAAGGGCCACCCCAUCCAGGUACUGACCAUGAAACUGGAGGAUGAAUAGCUCCUCCACCAGGAGGCGCUCCCGAGAGAGGAUAAUAUAGACAGAUGGCUACAAGAAUUCCCCUCGGUUUGGGCAGAGACUGGGGGGGGGAUGGGACUAGCCGCUCAUAGGACCCCAGUCCUGGUAGAGCUCAAGCCAGGAGAGAGUCCGGUAAGGAUCAAACAAUACCCCAUGUCUCAGGAGGCCCGGAAGGGGAUCCAGCCACACAUCCGGAGACUACGAAGCCUAGGGGUACUAGUUCCUUGCCAGUCUGCCUGGAACACCCCCUUACUGCCGGUCAAAAAGCCUCACACAAAUGACUACCGACCGGUACAAGACCUCCGGGAAGUAAAUAAGAGGGUCGCGGACAUACACCCAACUGUUCCCAACCCAUAUACUCUCUUGAGCUCCUUGGCGCCCUCCAGGGUCUGGUAUACUGUACUAGAUUUAAAGGACGCCUUCUUCAGUCUGCCGUUGGCACCCCAGAGCCAACCCCUGUUCGUCUUUGAGUGGCAUGAUCCGGAGGAGGGCUACAGUGGGCAACUCACCUGGACACGGCUACCUCAGGGAUUCAAAAAUUCACCCACCAUCUUCGACGAGGCACUACACGAGGACCUGGGUGAGUACAGAAGGGAGCACCCUGGCCUCACCCUCCUACAGUACGUAAAUGACAUCCUGAUUGCUGCCGACACGGCCAAAGACUGUGAAUGAGGGACCCAGGACCUGCUGGCUACCCUGGGGGCUUUAGGGUACCGGGCAUCCACGAAGAAGGCUCAGAUAUGCAGGGAGAGGGUAAGUUACCUGGGAUAUAUCCUGGAGGGAGGACAGCGGCAGUUAUCAGAUGCCAGAAAAGAAACUGUCCUAAAGAUCCCUACUCCCACUUCCCGAAGAGAAGUGAGGGAAUUCCUAGGAUCAGCCGGCUACUGCCGCCUCUGGGUUCCAGGUUUUGCUGAGAUCACCAGGCCCCUAGAUGAAGCUACCAAAGAGGGGAAAACAUUUAAAUGGACUGAAAAAGAAGAAAUUGCCUUUAAUCGGUUAAAAAAGGCCCUCCUAAGUGCCCCAGCCCUGGGCCUACCAGACAUUACGAAACCCUUCCACCUCUUUGUAGACGAACAUAAGGGAAUAGCAAAAGGGGUUCUAACUCAAGCCUUAGGCCCCUGGAACCGCCCAGUGGCUUACCUGUCUAAGAAACUAGACCCAGUGGCUGCCGGCUGGCCGCCAUGCCUAAGAAUUAUUGCGGCGACAGCACUCCUAGUCAAGGAUGCAGACAAACUGACCCUAGGACAGGAGAUCUGGAUCACGACCCCACACGCCAUUGAAGGGGUCCUGAAACAGCCUCCGGAUAGAUGGAUGAGCAACACACGUAUGACUCAUUACCAGAGCCUCCUACUCAACCCUCCACGAGUGCGGUUCCACCCCAGUGCAGCCCUCAAUCCUGCAACCCUGCUGCCCGACCCUGACCUAGGUGCUCCACUACAUGACUGUGCGGGAAUCCUGGAACAAGUACAUGGAUUCCGGAUGGACCUGACCAACCAGCCCCUCCCCCAUGCCGAGGCUACUUGGUUCACUGAUGGCAGCAGCUUUGUGCGAGAUGGACACAGGUAUGCGGGUGCAGCGGUGGUCACCGAAACGGACACCGUAUGAGCGGAGGCUCUACCCUCCGGAACGUCAGCCCAGCGAGCAGAGCUCAUAGCCCUCACCAAGGCGCUGAUGCUGGGAGCUGGAAAACGACUUAACAUCUACACAGACAGCCGUUAUGCAUUUGCCACAGCUCAUAUUCAUGGGGCAAUUUAUCAGGAGAUGGGGUUACUGACGGCAGAAGGACGGACUAUAAAAAAUAAGCAGGAGAUACUUAACCUGCUUACCGCCCUAUGGCUUCCUGCCACGCUAGCCAUUAUCCACUGCCAAGGGCACCAAAAAGCUGAUAACCCAGUAGCUAGAGGUAAUCGAAAGGCUGACCAGGCAGCCAAGGCAGUAGCCCUUACUCCAGUCCCCACCAUGACCAUACAACUACUGGACCCGGGAGACCCAGUUUUACCAGACCAGCCCAAAUACUCCCAGGAGGAGUUACAGCAGAUCAAGAAACUCCCCAUGGUCCAGGAGAUAAAGGGAUGGUGGUAUACACCUAACAAGGAGCUUGUGCUGCCAGACGGGCUCGGAGUCUCAAUAUUAGAGCACAUGCAUCAGUCUACUCACAUGGGGGCCCGAAAAUUAAAAGACUUAAUCCGACAUGCCGGAAUCAAGAUUCACCAACAGGACACCAAAAUAGAGCAAGUUGUAUCUGCCUGCAAGACCUGCCAACUCACCAACGCGAGAGCCACAUCAAAUAAAAAAGGAACCAGGCUCAGAGGCACCAGACCGGGAGCCCAAUGGGAAGUCGACUUCACUGAAGUCAAACCAGGAAAGUAUGGUUAUAAAUAUCUUUUAGUAUUUACAGACACCUUCUCUGGCUGGGUGGAGGCAUACCCAACCAAGCAUGAAACGGCUCAGAUGGUGGCUAAGAAGCUACUAGAAGACAUCUUACCCAGGUAUGGUUUUCCUGCCAUGGUAGGAUCAGACAAUGGACCAGCUUUUAUCUCGCAGGUAACACAGGCAGUAGCCAAGGCGAUGGGGGCAAACUGGAAAUUACAUUGUGCUUAUAGGCCCCAGAGCUCAGGACAGGUAGAAAGAAUGAAUAGAACCCUAAAAGAGACCCUUACCAAAUUAACCAUGGAGACUGGCGGGGACUGGGUGACUCUCCUACCGUACGCCCUUUACCGGGUUAGAAACAUUCCUUACACUCUGGGUUUUACUCCCUACGAGAUCAUGUUUGGCAGGCCACCCCCUGUUAUUCCCAGCCUUCGAGCUGAACUUCUUGCAGAGUUUAAAGAUCAAGAACUUUUUCUUUCCUUGAGAGGGCUCCAGAGGGCGCACGAGGACAUUUGGCCGCGCCUCCGUGCCAUCUACGAGGCUGGCCCGACCCCAACACCUCAUCAGUACAAGCCGGGAGACUGGGUCUAUGUCAAGAGGCACCACCGAGAGACUCUCAAGCCUCGCUGGAAGGGACCCUACAUUGUAGUGCUGACAACCCCCACCGCUCUCAAAGUAGACGGCAUCGCGACCUGGGUCCAUCACACCCACGUUCGGCCAGCGGACCCCUCCUCGAUCCGGAAGGACUUCGUCACGCGAUGGGGGACCAACACAACCCGCUCAAGCUCAAGCUCAAGCUACAGCGCAUUCGACCCACCUAAUAUUGGUAACUCUGUUAACUCUGCUUGUCAUUGCUCAUGCUGCCGGGAGUCCCCACGUCCCCCAAAACAUCACCUGGCAGAUCAUAGAUACCAGCUCAGGGACAAUACUUAAUCAGACCUCCCAGAGCCACCCCAGGGACACAUGCUUCCCAGAACUUAGCGUAAACCUCCAAACUCUGUUCCCCUUGUCACCAUAAAUGCAGCCGGUCCCAUGAUUGGGUCCGUAAGUUACAUGACAAGGGGGGAAUGAAAGGGCGGGCCUAUGCCGGCCGACUCCAUCUUGUUCUGUGUUCUCCACCUUGAGUGACUAUGUCCCCGACAUGACCCCUUUUCCGGGAAAAUCACAGAAACCUCAGACCUCGCC